CCGGAACAGACGCCCUGAGGUUCACUGCGCGUGCGCACUGUUCACUCUAUUCGAGAGGGAGACAUGGCGACGUCCCUGAUCUGCGGCCGUUUGACGGCUAGCCUGAGAAACUCAGGGGCCAGAAGCAAAAUCAACUCCGCAUCCAAGGUUCUGGGCGGCUCUUCGGCUCUGCUGGGAGCCCACGGCGCCCAGCAGCCCCCCCACCUGCAGCAGCAGCAGAGGAGCCUCUCGCUGCACGAGUACAUGAGCAUCGGCCUGCUGAAGGAGGCCGGCAUCUCGGUCCCGGCCGGCAUGGUGGCCAGCUCGUCAGAGGAGGCCUACGCCGUCGCCAAGCAGAUCGGCUCUAAGGACCUGGUGGUGAAAGCUCAGGUUCUGGCUGGCGGCAGAGGGAAGGGGACGUUCGAGGGCGGACUGAAGGGAGGCGUGAAGAUCGUUUACUCGCCGGAGGAGGCGCGGGACAUCUCCUCGCAGAUGAUUGGUCGGAAGCUGUACACCAAGCAGACCGGGGAGGCGGGUCGCAUCUGCAACCAGGUGUUCAUCUGCGAGCGCCGGUACCCGCGCAGAGAGUACUACUUUGCAAUCACCAUGGAGAGGUCCUACCAGGGUCCCGUGUUGAUUGGCAGCUCGCAGGGGGGCGUGAACAUCGAGGACGUGGCGGCGGAGAAUCCAGACGCCAUCGUGAAGGAGCCCAUCGACAUCGUGGAGGGCAUCAAGAAGGAGCAGGCCGUCAAGGUGGCUCAGAAGAUGGGCUUCCCCGCCGCGCUGGUGGACGAGGCGGCGGAGAACAUGAUCAAACUGUACGAGGUCUUCAUCAAGUACGACGCCUCCAUGGUGGAGAUCAACCCCAUGGUGGAGGACUCCUCUGGCAUCGUGAUGUGCAUGGACGCCAAGAUCAACUUCGACUCGAACGCCGCGUACCGGCAGCAGAAAGUGUUCGACAUGCAGGACUGGAGCCAGGAGGAUCCACGGGACCGGCAGGCCGCCAAGGCCGACCUCAACUACAUCGGGCUGGACGGGACCAUCGGCUGCCUGGUGAACGGAGCCGGUCUGGCCAUGGCCACCAUGGACAUCAUCAAGCUGCACGGCGGCACGCCGGCCAACUUCCUGGAUGUGGGGGGCGGAGCCACGGCCCAGCAGGUGACCGAGGCCUUCAAGCUCAUCACGUCUGACAGGAAGGUCCAGGCCAUCCUGGUCAACAUCUUCGGAGGCAUCAUGAGGUGUGAUGUCAUCGCCCAGGGCAUCAUCAUGGCUGUUACAGACCUGGACCUCAAGAUCCCCAUUGUGGUGCGGUUACAAGGGACGAGAGUGGACGACGCCAAAGCUCUGAUCGCUGCCAGUCCACUGAAGAUCCUGGCCUGCGACGACCUGGACGAGGCCGCCAAAAUGGUGGUGAAGCUCUCUGAGAUCGUGUCGCUGGCCAAGGAAGCUCAAGUGGACAUCACCUUCCAGCUGCCCAUCUAAACCACCUCGACCUUUGACCCCAAGUGACCCCCCAGCAUUCACUCCAGCACCCCCCCCCCCCCCCCCCCAAACUCCGUCAGACAGACAACAAGCUUCCUGUUCCUGAGAGAAAAGGACCUGCAGCGCAUCAGUUUCUCCUCUCUCUCUCUCUCUCUCUCUCUCUCUCUCUCUCUCUCUCUCUCUCUCUCUCUCUCUCUCUCUCUCUCUCUCUCUGUGGCAUGGUGGCUUUAGUUUGUGUUAUGGCAUACAGAUUCACACACACACACACACACACACACACACACUGAGAAGAUGGGCAAUUUUACACACAUUGUCUCCUUUUUUGUCGUACUUGAUCUCCACUUCCUGUCUCAGCCUCCACGCACGUCCUCCUCAAACCUACAGGCACUUAACAUGGAUACGCACAAUGCCCACACACACACACACACACACACACACACACACACACACACACACACACACACACACUCCAGGAUGGUCCUCAGUUGGGAGAGCUUGCUAGACUUGGAUCAGAAGGCGUGGGAAACCUUUUCUUUGAGUUAUGAUCCACGUGCUGCGGUCAGCCGCUUCAAACUCGCACAGUUUUGCGUUCUCGCUGGAAUCGACUGGAAUUGAGUUCAGGCUCGGCUUUAUAAUCUCAGCGAGGGAAGAUCAGUCAGCAGCCGCAUCUAAGAAAACACCAGAAAACACGACUGACUGGAGAAACCACGAUGUGAGCAGAGCGGCUCGACGUCACCUGAGAACAGAAAGGAUCAAAGGCUUCAGCACCUAACCCUAACCCUGCAGGGGAAGUCUCAUCUUCACAGGUCACAUCUGGUUUUUCCUCAAACAAAUGAAACAGUCUGCCAGUGGGAUGAAAUAAUCCCACUUGCUUCCAGUAUUUUCUUGGCUCAGGCGUCCGCCUGGUUGUUUCUGCUGGUUUCUGUGUUUCAGGUUCAGGUUUUGGUUGGAGAGCGAUCUGGGAUGGAUCUGUUCUCUUCCAGACUCAGAGAAACAAGCUCUGAUCUCAUUGCACAGGCUGGUUUUGUACAGCCUGUUUACUCGGGCCGGGCGGCCAUGUUGGAAGAAUAUCGUCUCUUCCUUCUUUCUGACUAAGCAGAAAAUAGAAAAGGAGGAUUUGUGAAGCGCUAAUGAAGCUUCACUUCCUUUUUGUUUCAGUGAAAACAAACAGCAGGACCCAGAUCCUUUGGUGCCAAUUCAGUCUGGAUUACCAUUCUAUAGUUACUGCAGUGUGAUUUAUAGAACACUGAACCCAGCUUUCUGCUGAGUCACAUCUGGGCCUGUAGUGCUGAGUCACAUCUGGGCCUGUAGUGCUGAGUCACAUCUGGGCCCGUAGUGCUGAGUCACAUCUGGGCCCGUAGUGCUGAGUCAGCGGUCAUGCCUCUCUACUCGUUUUUUUUGGGAGCUGUGUGAAUAACUCAGCCUCUCAUGUUGGAUCUGAGCUCCGCGGCCGAAGGAGAGAACGAGGUCACGACGCCUGGUUCUACGUCGUCGGCCAUGUUGGAUCCAAACAUCAGCACUCCUGUUCUCUCCAGGCGACGCCCGCCUCCGCCUCCGGGUCCACUUCCCUCCCUGCUGUUUGAUGUGUUAAACUCUCUCUCACACGUUAAACUGCCGUCAGAAACUCUGAUGCCACAUGAAGCCUGUCUCUGUGACGCAGACGUGAUGACAGUAUUAAAACUAAAUCUCCUAAUCUGCCUCGGAUUUGAAAACUUCACUUCUGAAAGAUCGUUUUCUGCUCAGAGGACAGACGGUACGCGUGAUGUGAUCCAUAAUCACAUCAGACAGCUAAAUAUGAAUUAACUAAAGUUAAAGGAAUGCUCAGAUGUUGGAAUGUUCCUUUAAUCCUGAUGUCAUGUUGUGAGGCAGAUUGUAUUUUUCGGUCUGUUGGUAAAGAGUCACGACUCCACUUCGAUUUCUGAGUCUGUGUGGAGAUCUGAGGAUCUCAGAGCCCAGACCUGCCCUCUGACCUCUGACCCCCGGGGGUCGUCUGCCCUCUGACCCCCGGGGGUCGUCUGCCCUCUGACCCCCGGGGGCUUCCGUAGUUGGCUGAUGCAGGCAAACUGGAUGUGUUGAUGUGCAGGUUUUCAUGCGUGAUGAUUGUAUACAAGAUUUUUUAAAAAGCAGAAGCACUUCCAGUUUGUAAGUCAGCGUCCCGCUCCUGUUCCUGUUCCUGUUCACCUGCCCAUCAGGCCCCCCCCCCCCCCCCCCUCCUCCGCUCAGCCUGGAAAAGCCUGCGGUCGCUCCGUGUUCUUGUAUUUCUGCUGUCUCCUCCUGGACCGACGGUUUGAAGCCGCUCUGUCCGCUCGGCCGCUCGGCCGCCAUGCCACCGCUCCUCUCUCGCCUCUGACUCUCAGCACAACGGUAGAACGACUGUAGUUUCCUCUCUCUCUCUCUCUCUCUCUCCUGUUUCCCUCCUCCAGCCCUCAGAACAGAAAUCAACACUUGUGAGUUGUAAGUCAUUUAUUAUAUCUUGUAAAUAACCAAAACUGUUGUGUUCUCACGCUGUAAAAUAUUUAUGCUCCUCUCCGGGAGUUAAAAAAAAAAAAAGAAAGAAACAAAAAGUAGAAUAAAUACUGAGAACACCA